UCGUUUUCUGAACGCAGACUAAGAAAGCGACAUUUAAACAUUUGAAUUUUCGGUUUCGUUCUCCAUUGUAUAUAUAACUGGAAAACACACCGUCAAGGUUAAACUUUAUCGAGAUUGACAGAAAACAGCAAAGAGAUCCUUUUGAGUAAUUGUAGAAGUCAGGCAGUCAGGAUUAGAGACGAAAUGAUCACGGAACUACCGGGGACUAACUCUUAUUUCUGGAAGCAAGGUAGAAGGAUGACAUACAACAAUUGGCCGUUCAAACAGUCAGACAAAUGCAACGCCGAAAGCAUGGCUGCUGCUGGAUUUUAUGUUGUUGGAGAUAGCAAUGAGCCAGACCUUGUCGAAUGUUUCAUUUGUGGCAAACAACUUGAUGGUUGGGAGCCGAACGAUGAUCCAUGGAGCGAACAUAAGAAACAUCAGUCGAGCUGUCCGUUCGUUAAAUUAAACAAGCAAGAUGAAAAGAACUGGACAAUAAGUGAAUUAUAUGAUUUAUACAAGAAGUACCAAACGAAAGAAUAUAUGAACCGAAUAAAACAGGAUAUUGGCAUGCUAAAAGAUGUGAUGGAGCAGUUAAUAGGUGAGCUAUCUGUACAUAAAAUGUCACAAAAGAACCAAAAGAGCACCAAUUGAUUAUUUAAAAUCCACCAUCCUAUUUUAAGAAUUUUUAAUGUUUAAAUAUAUUUUGUAAUACUUUCUUAAUAAAAAAAUGUGUACAUACAA